AUGGUGCCACUGUUUCCUGCUGCCUACUUCAUUCUGUACGGUUAUGGACGAGUGCCUUACGUUCGCUCCCCUCCACGUCAUUGGGGAGUGCAAGGAGUCGUCAAUGACUACGCUCGUCCGUUUGUGAUUGGAGAUACUCUUGCAAAGACUGCUCGAGCUUGCGUUUACCUCAUCACGGCUGCUCUUCUCGCAGGCCUUCUUCACUUCAACACCAACGAUGUUGGACUCACAGAGGCUUUCCGAAUGGUGUUUGAACUCUAA